UGUCCCCGAGGAUGGAUCACGGCAGGCUCUGGAACUUCAGCUCAGUGUUUUAAACUCUUUUCAAGUCAGAGGAAGACUUACAAUGGCGCUGUGAACUUCUGCAAACAACAAGGUGGAUACCUGGCAACAGACACUUCGGCUACAAUCCAUAACAAAAUCAAGCCUUACAUGAGGAAUGCAAGAAACUCUGGAACAAAACCACAAUACUUCUGGCUUGGAUUGAGUGAUGCAAACAAGGACGUAUGGACAUGGAGUAACGGACAGAAAUAUGGAACCUGGAAGUAUUGGACGAGAAACAGACAACCUGUACCAGUUAAAAACAAACUGGACUGUGUUUACAUGACAACAAGUGAGCCGACUAUGGUGUGGCAUGCAUCUGGAAACUGUAACUCUCUGAAGGCUGUCAUCUGUCAAGCAAAUCAGAAUGCUGUCAAGCCAACAACUCCCCGUCCUCGAGUGACGUGCCCCAGAGGCUGGAGCCUGUACACCAGAGCCCCCACCUGUAUCAAGUUGUAUACACAGGGGAAAACCUGGGUGGAUGCCAGGUCUAUAUGCCAACAGGCGGGAGGUGACCUUGUUAAGAUCCCAGAUAGCAGUUUCAGCGGUUUUGUCAAUGGUUUGGUGAAUAGGCAAAAGUCCUCAUAUUGGAUUGGAUUGCACGAUCGACAUAAGGAAAAUAAGUUUGAAUGGCUAGAUGAAGAUGUCAAGGCAAGUUUCACUUCCUGGGCGCCCCAUCAGCCCGACAACAGUCGAGGCAAUGAAAACUGUGUCAGUGUGAAUGCAAACAUGGGAAUGAGAUGGAACGACGCCAACUGCAUGUCCAAUUUACGCUUCAUAUGCCAACAACCCACUGUUCAGAACACCAGUCCAGCAACAAGUCCAGCCACCCCAGCCGAUAAGAACUGUGGAGCAGGCUGGGAGGACGACCCCAACAGUGACAGCUGCUACCAGAUGAACAUAGAGCUUCUCUCCUGGCUGGAUGCGAGGCAAGCAUGUCAGGCAGCCGGAGGAGACCUGGCCACCAUCUCAAACAUACAGGAGCAAUUUUAUCUUUCAGGACGUUCUUUCAGUUUCAACGCUGACUUUUUCUGGAUCGGAGCCAACGACCGUGGUGUGGAGACAGGAUGGCAAUGGGCGGACAGAUCACCAAUGGCCUUUAUCAACUGGGCUCCUCACCAGCCCAACAACGCACACAAUUCUGACUGUGUUGUCAUGAUAACUCAAUCUGGACGCUGGGAUGAUCUCCCUUGCCAAGACCGUUAUGGAUACAUCUGUGAGAAAAAGGGAAGAGUGACUUCACCUACCCCGAAGCCUACAACAUCACCUGCAAGACUUCCAGGAAGCAAGAUGUGGGGCUGCCCCGUGGGCUGGCGAGGUUUCCGAGGCUCGUGUUACCAGGUGCUGAGGUCUACGGGUGGCCUUAAUUGGAAUGAUGCUAAAACCACCUGUGGCUUCAGGGCCUCAAACUUGGUCGCAAUCACCGAUGAUGCUGAGAACAAAUUCGUUCUUAGUCUUUUGCCAAAAUCCACAAAUGAGUACGUGUGGAUGGGCCUGAAUGAUCAGAGUAUGGAGAACAGUUUUGUUUGGGAUGACAGAACGCCCAUUACAUACACCAACUGGUCACCGCAUGAGCCCAACAACCUCGGAGAUGAAGACUGUGUAGUCAUGUUCGCCAAAACUGGCAAAUGGAAUGAUGCUAAGUGCCAGACCAAAGUCAAGUUGCUAGUCUGCAAACAGAAUAAAGCCAUCCACGCCAAAGCUGAAAGAGAUAUUGUGAAAGGCUGCUCUCAGGGCAUAGGGUAUGGGGCACAAUGCUACAGCUAUAUAUUCCAACCCUCUAAGAACUUUGCUCAGGCUCAGGCAUACUGUAAGAGCAAGGGUGGGAACCUGGCCACUGUAAACGACAGAUAUGUGCAAGCAUUUUUGGCUGCUGAAAUGAGGACAAAACCUGGAGCUGCAUACUGGAUUGGCAUGUCCAUGACAGCAAAGACCAACUGGACCUAUGCCUGGAACACUCCUUUCGAUGUGGACUUCACAGCCUGGGACAAAUCUCACACAGGCAAUGAAAACAACACUUGUGUAGGUAUGCAGACCAAACGACCGAUGGGGUUGUGGGUGAACAUUGACUGUAACAAGACUCAGGGCUACAUCUGUGAGCUACCCAGAAAGGGUUUCACCACACCAGUGCCCACCACCACCACCACAGCUAAGCUACUCUGUCCCUCUGGCUGGUUCACUUACGGGAACCUUUGCUAUAAAGCCUUCCAAAUGACAAUGGACAACAUGCUGACGUGGAAUGAUGCUAGAGACUACUGUGCCAGCCUCUGGACCGGCGGUACCUUAGCCACCGUCAGGAACAGAGGCUUUGAGAACUGGAUGAGGAGGAGUGUUGUCAAAAAUAUGCAAGACACAUUUUGGAUUGGUCUCAGCGACCGCAGCACUGAAGGAGGAUACCUGUGGGAAGACGAAGCCCCAUUCCGCUACUCACACUGGAAUCCUGGCGAGCCAAAUGACAACGGAGGAAAAGAGGACUGUGUCACCUGGAACACGACGAAGAACACCUGGAAUGAUGAGACGUGCUACGUGGCCCACAACUUCAUCUGUGAGAUCCCUAGAGGAGCUGUGGUCACAACACCAAAGCCUGUGCCGACUGGAAAAUCAACUCUGCAAUGUGGCAACACCUCCUGGUCUGAGUACAACAAAUUCUGCUACUACAUAAGUCCGUCAGACGGAGACAAUGUCACAAAGACCUGGUUUCAGGCGCGCCUCACUUGUAUGGACUUGGGCGGUGAUCUCAUCAGCAUUGGCUCUGAUGAUGAGAAUGCUUUCAUUACUUCUCUUGUCAGCAGACACCCUCUUGGCGGCUUCUGGACCGGCCUCAAUGAUCUUGAUCAGGACUCUUUCAAAUGGACAGAUGGGUCACCUUUAUCAUUUGUGAGUUGGGGAAACAAUGAGCCAAACGACGCCUACGGCAGUGAAAGAUGUGUCGAGAUCCGCUCUGGAUCAUUUUGGAAUGACCAACACUGUCAAGACAUGCGAGGUUACGUGUGUAAGAAAAGACCUGGUGACUACACCACUCCCCCCAGGACCACAGCAUCUACCAAGGGAGGAUGUCCAGCCGGGUUCCAUUCUCUGCCUUCUUUGACCAAGUGCUACACUAUUGGAGGCGUGGAUCCCAGACAGCGAAAGAACUAUACGGAUGCCAUGACAGUUUGUAAUCAGCUAAAUUUUAAAUCACGACUGGCUUCAAUUCACAACCCCGUGGAACAAAAAUUCGUCACAAUCCUGUUGGCUAACUCGGGCAGUCGUGCACCAUCUUGGAUUGGUUUCAAUGACCGAAGACGUAAUGACCAGUUUGCUUGGGUGGACAACUCCCAGGUAGACUUCACAGCCUGGGGCUACAAACAACCAGACGAGAAUAAAAAUGACAAGAGACUGAUUGCCAGGAGAGACUGUGUGGAUAUGGAAAUGAGUGCCCGCACUGCUGGAUGGUGGAAUGACAAGAGAUGUACGGACAGAUAUUCCUUUGUUUGUGAGACGGCUAAAGUUCCUGUCUACGCUGCGGAAACAGUAAACGCAACAGGAUGCAAGGCAGGCUAUCAGCGGUUCCGUAACAGUUGUUACCGCUAUGACAAAGAUCUCUAUACCUGGAAUCAAGCAGAGCAGCUGUGCAAAUUAGAGGGCUCGCAUCUUGUCAGCGUUAUUGAUAGAUUUGAAGAAGACUUCAUUGAACUUCUGACCCUAGGAGCUGCCCCUGAUCUUCAGAUGUGGCUAGGUUUGAAAUACGACCUGGCUUCGGAAGCGUACACAUGGUCUGACACAUGGCCUGUUACCUUCACCAACUGGGGCAAGGGUGAGCCCAACCGCCUGGCCAACGAGGGUUGUGUGAGUCACACAGUGGAUGGCCAGUGGCAGGAUGUGCCUUGUCAGAUGCAACUGUCCUUCAUCUGUGAACAGAGUCUCGUUCCGGCUCCCACCAAAAGGCCCCCACCGCCCGCCAAAUGCCCGCGUGGAUGGGUGGGCACAAACGACAGCCCUUACUGCUACAAGCUGGAGAGGACCAAUCUAAAGAGCUGGUCAGCGGCUAGCUAUGCCUGUAACAUCUUAGGCGGUCAUCUGGCCAGUGUGCACACAGACUCCGAGGCCCGCUUCUUGACCAAUCAGAUCGCUCGUGGGCGAUUGGAUACCUGGAUUGGCAUCUCCAAAGGACAGGGAACUGGUUUCUCUUGGAGUGAUGGGACAGCUCUGAAUUAUUUGUACUGGUCACAAGGAGAACCCAGUGACACAGACAGCACCAUGCACCAAGACUGUGUUGUGGCGAGCAGACGUGAUGGAUCCUGGAGAGACACUGACUGUUUUGACCAGCAUGCCUAUAUGUGCAAGAAAACACUGUAUGGUGGCAGCUCUAGUACAGCCCCAACUGGAAUAACCGUGCAGCCAGUUGGUCAAAACACACAGUACGUCCCCCCAGUGACUCAGAAUCCACCCGUGACCCAAGGUCCAUGGAAUCCUGUGACACAAGGUCCACAGAAUCCUUGGACCCAAGGUCCACAAAACCCUUGGGCACGCCCCCCAAUCACAGCCGGCCCAGCCAAUUCAGGCUUAAAGCAGAGCCCUGGAAACUCUGAUAACGGACUUGGUGGUGGCCCAGUCGCUGGCAUCGUGGUAGGAAGCAUCGCUAUAGUCGCAAUAGCAGCUGUCGUUAUCUUUGUGAUUCGGCGCCAGACGCAGAAUGGUCCAUCCAGGAGCCCCCUUGGCUCCCCCUCCAGCGGCUUCGACAACGCCACCUACAGCAGUGCGGGUGGGGACACAGUGAAGCUGUCCACGGACACAUGAUGAGCUUUGGAGGAGACAUCAAUAAUUGUUGAGUUACAUGCACACGUACAUACACACAUGUAUACGUGUGCACACGCACGCAAGCACACAAGCACAUGUGAGCACACACCCACACACACACACACACACACACACACACACACACAAUGCAUAGAUGCAUACAUGGUAUACAUUGCAUUUAUUUUGUUUCAUUUGAUUUUAAUGAACAUUGGAGUCUACAUUCAUCAUAAAAUUACUUCUCACACACACUCACACUCACACACAUACACACACAUGUGCAUACAUACAUGGUACAUAGAUAUAUGCAUUGUAUAUUAUAUUUAUUUUGUUUCGUUUUAUUUGAUUUUAAUGAGCUUUGAAGUAGACAUUAUUUAUGAAAUGACAUGUUACACUCACACACACACACACACACACACACACACACACACACACACACACACACACGCACAUACUAUUUUACACAUAUCAUAUUAUAUUAUUUAAUUAAUUUUUUGUCGAUUGAUUUAGAUGGACGUACUGAAGAGAGAUAUCAGACUAUAAUUUUAUUAACGUCUGUGAUGGGUAUAGUUCAUUUCUUUCUGGUUGCUUUUUGUUAGAACGGGAAGGGAAAUGAUCAAAAGUGCAAUCAAUCCAAAUUCAAACAAUUAACAAUGUAUUAAUGUAUAAACUUUAACUCAUUAUAUUUAAUUUCUAGGAAAUUGUUUUACAUUUAAGGAAAUUUUGUUGUGCAACUUUUCUGUGAUGUUGAUAAUUUAAAAUAAUAUUUUAAAAAUAAAAGUAAAAACUGGUCUCA